GUGCUGCGGGCGGCGGAUGCAGCGGAGGCUGGAGCGCGGAGCGAGUGUGGUUGCAGGACCCGCCGGAAGCCGGCGCGAGGUCGGCGAGGCGCGGCGGGCGCCCGGCGGCUGCGGGGCGCCCCUCUCACCUCCACCCCUCCGUGUUGCCAUGGAGACUGCCGAGGCCACCUCACCUGUACCACCGCCGCCUAGGAACAGCAGCUCCCGGAACCCUCCUUUGCCCCAGCGCUCUCUUCCAGGAACUCUGAUCCGGCACCUGCCUCUCUGCUCGCCUCCCACAAACAGGACAGAAGAGGCUGACUUCCAAAAUUCACCCGGGGUUGCUCAACCACGUCUUUCUUUAUUCGGUUUUCCACCCAGACUUUUCUGUAUCCUGCUGUUAACGGUCUGGAGGAUGAAAAGUGACUCCCUUCAAAUACCUUAUUAGGCAGAACACUGCCCUGGACAAAAUCUAAUUAUUAACAGAAG